CAGUUUGAAGUGGGAGUGUUGUUCUCUUGUCUCCUCACUAGAUUCUAAACCACACUGGAGCAGAGACUUCAUUAGUAUCAUUCUCCAUGGGACCCUGGGACUUGGUCCAAUCCCUGCAAGAGCUGCUCCAUAUUUUUUAAUAAGUGGAUUAAAGGCCGACACACAUCUUCAAAUCUUUCCCCAUGAAUUUUGUAGCUUGACUCAGAGAGAAAUUCCUUUCUUUUUUGGAUCCCAGAGCCUUAACAUAUAAAGCUCAGAAAGUAUUGGUGGCUAAAGGUUCUGCCUUUUAGACCAGAGAUCUGGUAAGGAAUCAAUGGAGAGAAGAUUGGAGAAAGAGGGAGAAGAAUAAUGUGGGCAUAUGGAGAACCAGAGACAAGAGACAAAGAUGGAAAAAGAGCAUCUUUGCAGCAGUGGUAGGUAGGCACCAGAUGUUCCUGGGGUCCAGUUGCUAACCUGCUCUCUAGGUGCUGGGGAUGGUGUCCACUAGCACCUAGGCUGUGACCUCUACAGGAAUGGUUCAAUCUGAUGAUCUGGUGGGAUGGAAACCCCAGGUCUUAGGAAGCCUCCAAGAAGCAUCCUCACUCAGGGAAGAAGAAGGAGACUGACUUGGUAACAAAACUGUGGUGCUCUAUUGAGUUUGAAUGCUGGAUGCUGCCAUGAAGAAGUCAGAGGCCAGCCUGGUAUCCACCCCCUUUCUCCAUGUCAGGCGCUGGGGACACAGAGGUAAACAAGACACUCAAGACACCUGCCCCAUGGAGUUUAUAUUCAAGUUCCUUCUUCCCAAAGCAGAAGCCUGCCUUCUUUGAAGCAAGGGCGCAGGCAUGUGACCCACUUUCCUUCAAUCCCACUCACCCAUCGGAGAUACCAAGAAGGCGGUACCGCUGGGGUGAUACCCCACCUGGUGGGAUCAGGCCGAAAGGGUUUGCUGGCACCCUCACAUGAUCAUCCAUGCUCAGCCUGGGCAGAACAACAUGACUGCCUCCCCUCCUUGUAUCUUCCUUGAGGACUGCAAGGAGAUGACGGGCCACUGGAUAACUCAGGUUCCCAUCAGAUGUUACUGCUGUCAGCAACUGCUGUCCAUGACCUACUCGGAACAGCCUUCAAAGGGGUUAGGAGCUGCGCUUUCGGUGGACAGAGGACCCCUGCUCUUCGCCUCGCGUCUGCGAGCCCUUCGGAGGAGCUAGAGGUCACGGCUCAGCCAGUGUCCAAGGUGAGGCGGGGACAAGGACUUGCUGCUCCCACUGACAUUGCCUCCAGCUCUCUGGAACCUGCAACCAGCAAGGCUCACUCAGGCCCAUCCAUGGGGCAAAGAAGAUCCAAGUGUACCAAGAGGCUGAGGCGAGGCCCAGUGCUCCAUGCCCAACACUGGGGCACAGACAGGAGGGCAGACAAGUCCAGCCAGGACCAGCCAGAGGAAUCUAGCGCAGGAAGCUUCCCCAAACUGGAGGAAAUGAAAAUGCCCCAUGGGGUGAAGCACGUGUGUUACCUUGGUUCCGGGCCAGUGAUCCACCUCCUGGGGGCCAUCAGCCAUGGCCAGGCAGGGGAGCCUCAGCCUCCAAAGCUGGAGGUUCUGGAGAACAUGAUGGAGGUCAGCUUAGCAUCACUGGUCCAGAGGCCCAGAAGGAAGGAAAGGUCCAUGGCCCAAGGCCCCAGCAGGUGCCAGGAGGGAGCUCCUGUUCAGGAGGCCUGGCCUGAGUGUCCUGGGUCUGUCCCUGUCAAGGCUGAAGAGGAGGAGCCUGGUGAACAAGAUGGAGGAGAAGACUCGGCUCAGCUUCAGCCUCAACAGGAGAAGCUAUCCUUGGAUGUUGGGGUACGGAACACUGUGGUCCAUGCCAUGCAAGAGGUGCUGCGGAGCCGCCUCCAGGAGCUCCCAGACCUGGUGCUGAGUGAGGAGGCAGUGGAGGGCAUCGCUGCUGGCAUCGAGACAGCCCUCUUCAAUCUGACACAAACCACCAGCUGUCGCUACAAGACCAAGUACCGCAGCCUGCUGUUCAACCUGCGUGACCCCCGGAAUCCAGACCUAUUUCUCAAAGUGGUUCGGGGAGAUGUCACCCCCGAAGACCUGGUGCAGAUGAGCUCAAUCCAAUUGGCGCCCCAAGAGCUGGCCUGCUGGCGGGACCAGGAGGAAAAAAGGGGCCUGGAAAUCAUUGAGCAGCAGCAGAAGGAGCUGUGCAGCCUCCCCGCCUUCAAGCUGACUCACAAGGGUGAAGUCGAGAUCCUGCGGGACGUGGACCAGACGCUGACCCUAGAGGAUCUGGUGGAACCCAUGGUGUCCAUAGACUGCAGCACCUUGGCCCUGCCUGCCCCAUCAAAGGCCACCACGGAGCAGGACAAGGCCACCACAGAGCAGGACGAGGACACCACGGAGCAGCACGAGCACCACUUCCUGGACCCCAGCUGCCGAAUCUGCAUGGACUGGAAGCCCUCGUGUGAGCUGCCAGACUCCCUCACAGCUACUAGGAGGAUGGGGGACAGUGUCUUCCAGAGGGCCCCAAGCCCAGCCCUUGCAUCCUCUCCAGAGAUGCCCCAAACUAGGGAGAAGCCUCCCACACAGCUCCAGGACAGGCUCCAGAUGCCUGCUGGGCCCACAGAGGCCCUGCCCGGCCAGCCACCCUGGGAGGGAGCUCUGGACAUGUUCUCCAUCAAGCGGUUCAGAGCUAAAGCCCAGCUGGUCUCUGGAAGCAGCUGUCAGCUCCUCAUGGCCCUGCCUGAGGUGAUCCGUUCAGCAGGCUGCAUCCCCUCCAAUACUGUCUGGGAACUUUUGGCCAGCAUCUGCCCAGCCAAGGCCAAGGACAUCUGCGUGGUCAGACUGUGCCCACAAGGGGCUCGGGACACCCAGAACUGCCGCCUACUCUAUUCCUACCUCAACAAUAAGCAGUGUCAUGGCCUGGCCGCCGUGGAACACGUGUGGGUGGUCCUGCUGCCCCUGCCCGCCUUCCAGCUCCUGCCCACCAGACUGCGCCCUCUUGGAGGACCCGGCCUGGAAGCCACUCACUCAAGUCUGGUGUUAGCUGUACUGCUCCCCAAGGCAGGGCUUCUAGACACAGCAGAGUCCAGCCCUUUGUGGGAGAAGGUUCAAAAGAUGACCUCCUUCAACAGAAAAGUGGAGAGGAGACGCCAUCAGCCGGAGGACAGGAGUCCCAAUGUGGCCCCGAAGGGCUCUCCUCCCCCAAGGCCUGCUCUGCAGCAGAGCCAGGGCAAUAGCAGCCUGGCUCCAAGGGGAAUUUGUGCUUGGCCGAGGCCCCCCAGAGGCAGGGGGAGAGUGUGGGGAGAGCCUGGAACCUGGCAAAGUCCUGGGAGAGGGCAGUGGCCCCCCAAACCAGGCCCGUGCCAGUCCUGGCAUCCCUAUUCAGCAGCACCAUUUGGCCGUGGCCACCACCUCCACAGGGCCUCAUGUCCCCACCGGGCCCUGCUCCAGCAUCUUGAAUCCCUGGUGUCCAUGAGCUACCGGCUCCAAGCCUCGUUGAUAUCCCCUGGCCAGGGGUUCCAUCCUGCAACCCCUGCCCAGCCCCCUACAGCCCCUGGAAAUCUUGGCCUACAUUGCCAGCCCCCUGCAGCCCCAGAACCCCCUGGCCAGACUCCUGACUCUUUGGGUCCUUCAGAUGGGGCUGGCUCUGAGUGUACCUUCCCCAGAGAGACCUGAACCUCAUUACCCACCAGAAGAGAGGCAUUGAUUCCCUCCCCAGUACUGAGUCCUGGGCUGUUCCAGAGGGAGUGGGCAGGCAGGGGAGGGUUAGCUGUUUGAAUUUCCUGUUCUGCGUUCUGCUUGGUGUUGAUUUUUGGUUCAAUAAAGAGUUUGGCAAAGGUGA